AUGACGACUCCCGAGUUCUCUAUGCUGCCCGUCGAGGGGGACGACCUCCCCUUUCCGGCGCGAUUUAUCCAUGCUGCAAAGCUCCGCCUCAGCAUCAAUCGCCUCCUCUUCGAGAACUGGCCGAAGGACCAAAUCCAGACAAAAGCAUGCUUCAAGGCGGUCAAUACCUCGUCGGAAAUCCUCGUUUACUAUGUGAUCGCCCGCAAACGCCCGCUGGAAGCCCAGCCAGAAUACGGCCUCAAAAAUGGUCCAAACCAAGAGACUCCUGAAGGACUGAAUCCGAUUCUCUUCGCGAAAGUCAUGAAAACAUCAGGCGAUGUCAUGGGUGGAGUGGAAAAUCUGGAUUGUUUCGAAAUUGUUUAUAUGUGCGUCAAGCCAUCUGCCCAGAGACAUGGAAUCGGCUCGAAGUUAAUGCAACUGGGCUUCGAUCGGGCAAAAGCUGAGGACGUGCCUUUGAGACUCUGUGCCGAGGCUCCUGCGCAUGGCUUCUACGUCAAACUGGGAUUGGAAGAAACAAAACAUGCGGAUAUAGAUCUCAGAAAGUAUGCCGCUCCUUAUAGCGGCUUCGGGGAAUUUAGACUGACGGGAAUGAUCUGGCGCCCUAAGCCAAAUUUGGAAGGGUCGAACUGGCGUGGAGCAACUAAAUUUAUCCCCAGAGAAGGCAGCGACUUGGAAAAUCUUAGCUGGCCGAGACAGGUUGAAAGAUGUCUCGAAGCCGUCUUUGGCAACCUCACCGAUACUUUCCAACGUCUCUGGAUUGAAUUCAUAUGA